AUGGCCACAGCAACACAUCAGUCAGUGCCCAGGACUGAGAGGUUGGUGAGGGACAUCGUGGUAGACUUGGAUGACCAUGACGUCGUGAUGCUAUGCGUGCUGAAGGGGGGACACCAGUUCUGCCCUGACCUGGUGGAGGCCAUUCCGACUCUGACAUGCAGCUCCACCAGGUUCCUGCUUGUCAGGGUGGUCUUUGUACAGCUGAAGAGCUUCCUGAAUGAUCAUUCGACACAAGACCUCCAGAUUAUAAGAGCUGAGAGUCUACUGAGCGGAAAGAAUGUCCUCAUUGUGGAGGCCAUAGUGGAUACAGGGAAAACCAGGAAGGCCCUACUGGCUCACGUCUGGGCUUUCGGCUCUGAGAUGAUCAGAGUGGCAGGUUUGCUGGUGAAAAGGCGCUCGUAUGACUCAGGGUGCCUCCUGGACUAUGUUGGAUUUGAGAUCCCUAAUCGGUUUGUGGUUGGCUAUGCCUUCGACUACAAUGAAUACUUUAGGGAUCUCGGUGGAAGUCACAUCUGUGUGAUCAGUGAGAGUGGGAAACAGAAAUAUAAAGUCUGA